GUCAGACACAGUGCCACGUCAGACAAAGUGCCACGUCAGCAGUGCCACGUCAGCAACAUGACGGGCCUGCCAGGGCAACUGCCCAACAAGUCCCUCGCAGCCUACAAGCAGCGGUUCCAGGCUCAGAUCGAGGCUGAGGAACAAUGCCAGCUGGCAGCCGAGGCUGCCCGCGUACAGGCUCAAGAGGCAGCAGCAGCAGAACAACUGCAACUACAGGCCGAUGUAGACGCAGAUGCCCAGGCUCGCCGCAAGGAAGCCCAGGAUCUGCUGCAGCGGCAUGAAGCCAACAGCAUCGACAGACUCAAGUACUGGCAUUUUGAACCGAACGGCGACGAGGCAACACCGGAAGAGAAGCACAAGGAGUUCCUAUCCAAACUCGUGACGCGGUUGUUGUAUGCUUGCAACUACCAACGGUCAGAGUUGGAGAGACAGUACCAGGACCUGACGCAACAGCGUCAGGAGUUGGCACAGUUCCGCCGCAUAGUGCAGAGCCACGAGGAUGCAACUCGGGCACUCAAUGUCCGAUUGCUUGACCUGGAACAGGCUGUACGAGGACCAGCUGCUGGGGCUUCCAGCAGUGCACCCUCUAGCCGCCAACUGGAGGACCGCGUUGACCACGUAGUGGCAAUGCUCGGCGACAUCAGCACCUUCGCUGCGCCGACCACCACCAUCAGUAGUCAGCUGCAUACAUUGAAGACCGAGGUCCAACAGCUGCAGACGACGAACGCGGAUGGCAAUCCGAAAAUGUAUAAGAUGUCAACUUUCAAUCUGGAGAGGUUCGACGACUACACGCAGCAGGAUCCSGUCCUCUGGUGGGAAGCCUUCACAACGCAACUCAGGAUUCUGCUCGUAGCCAAGCAUGCGUACAUCGGCGCCCUGUUCCUGAACUCAAAGGGCGGAUGCCAGACCUGGUUGAGCCACCUGRCAACCUCCCACGGCGUCGACGUACCAGACUUGAAGGACCAAAUCACAUGGGAGGAACUGACACGGCUGUGGAAGAAGCGGUUCAUCGUCGACGACGCGCCGACACUCGCCAUCAACCGUUUGUUCACCAUGUCACAGGGCAACACUGCAACACGGGACUGGCUCACGGAGUGGCAGAAGAUUGCGGCAGUGCCUAAUCUGGACCUGCCUUUCACUCAUCUAAGACGUGAGUUCUACAACAGAUCCUGCGCUGCAUUGAGCCAGGCUCUUGGUGAUCGUGAGCAGUACUCCACUUUCGCCGAGAUUAUCGACAAGGCGAGAGAGAUCAUCAAGACCAACAGGUCAGCUGCACACGAGARRUCAMCAUGGCAGCSGACCUAURUGGAGAAGRYACRAACUGGUCCGCGACAGCAGCACUUCGCUGCAGUCCAGCAGGACAGUGGAGAUAACCCAGCAGCCACUCCAGCAUCAAGUGACGGAGAUCAGGUGGCUGUUGUCCAGCCGCGAAGCAACAACAAGUCCCGCAACAAUGGGAAGGCGAAAUCUGCAUCCAUGGGUCAAGUUUGGCUUGACCGAGGCGGACUCGGGAAACUGAGCUCCGCGGAAGGUGAGGCGACUCCACCUUCUACUCCGCCAGAUUCGGCCGCCUUGCUAGCGGUCUCCUGCACAUCUGGGGAGGAUGCGAAUGUCGCAAGUCCUCGGUAUACUUACGAGGAUUAUGCUGUCCACUUGGUUCCACCGCUGGACCAACCGCUCCACGUGCAACAACCCACCCCAUGCAUGGUUUCAUCACCAUCGGCAACCGAUUCGGCAGCUUCGCCGCAAUCUAUCGUCGGGGAUUCGACGUCAUGGUCAAGACUUGAAGAGCUCGACCCGUUGACGUUCACGGACUUCCAGUGGAUGCCCGUUCCCUCGACCGAACGAUUGCCGAAACCGCAUUGCAAUGUGCUCAUGGCACAACUGCGGGACUACUUGCACACUGCAGUACCAGCUCCGUUGAUGGACGCCGGAGCAGAGGUUGUCGACCUUCACGUUUACAUCGCGAAGAUCGACUACGAGUUCAAGACGCAACAGUACGACGACAUCGACGCACCAUUGCUAUACGUAAGCAUUCAGAUCGGAAGGGCGACCUGCAGUGCCUUGAUCGAUUGCGGAGCAUCUCACAACUACAUCAGCCAGGACUUCAUGGUACGCGUCCGCCUAAGCCCACGUGUCCGGAGGAAGCCCCAGCCGAAGCAAGUCACAUUGGCGGACGGUCACACGCACAAGUCAAUCGACCGGUGCAGCGUCCCAGUGUAUUUUGUCCCUCACGCAAGUGAGGCGGUGUCCUUUGACAUUCUGGACACCAAAUUCGACAUGAUCUCGGGCAUGUCAUGGCUGCGAAGCAAGGAUCACCCGGUGAACUUCUUCAACCUCACCGUUCACGUUCGUGACCGGAACGGAGUAUUAGUUCCAUGCACGGUGCCUCUUCCUCAUCCUUCGAUCAACUGCCACGUGGUAUCCAUCACCAGAGACGACAUCGAGGAGAUGGGGGUGUUCACAUGGGUCACAGACAACAAUCCAUUGACCUACUAYAAGACGCAGGACACGGUGAGCAGCACGAUCGGACGAUGGAUGUACUUCAUCGACCAAUUUGACUUCACACCGAAACAUGUCCCCGGCCUCUCCAAUCGCGCAGCAGAUGCACUCUCGCGAAGACCAGAUCUUUGCGCUAUGACACAUCAUGCCUUUGCAUUCAACGAGGAGCUUCAGCGAUACUUCAUCAGGGCAUAUCAGUCUGAUCCGAACUUCAGCACGCUCUAUGCACAACUAUCUUCGGAUCUCUCGCCGGCCAGCCAUUUCCGCAUUACCGACGGGUACUUGCUCCUCCACUCGAGAGGCAAGGACUUACUAUGUGUCCCAUGCGACCGUCGUCUUCGGACUCGCCUCCUCGGCGAGUAUCAUGAUUCACGACUCGCCGGCCAUUUCGGAGUCAACCGCACUAUUGCACGGCUUCGACAACGAUUCCGAUGGCGUGACCUCAUUACCGAUGUCACUCGAUAUUGCGACUCUUGCGAAGUUUGCCGACGCAGCAAGCCCCACAACCGCAAUCCCUACGGCGAGUUACACCCAAUGCCUAUCCCACGGGAACCCGGUCUCUCCAUUGCCAUGGACGUCACCGGUCCGUUUCCUCGCGACCGGCUCGGGCACGACGGCAUCCACACGGUUGUGGACCGAUUGAGUAAGUCCGCGCGUUUUCUCCCUUGCAAGUACUACUCCACGACUCCCGAGCUGGCACGCCUCCUGCACACUGGUUGGAUUUGUGGCCACGGUGUACCAGAAGACAUUGUCAGCGACCGCGACACUCGUUUCAUGUCGGCAUUUUGGAUUGCUCUCAUGCAGGAGUCCGACACAACAAUGAAACCAAGUUCGGCUCGACAUCCUCAGACAGACGGGCAAACGGAGCGGGCACAUCAAACCGCUCAAAUGAUGCUUCGUACGCUCAUCCGUCCGGACCAGAAAGAWUGGGUUGACCGCCUCCCCGACAUCGAGUUCGCCUACAACACUUUGGUGCAUCCGGCUAUCGGCGUGACUCCAUUCGAGUUGCACCACGGUGGACGGAAAGGCCGUAUCUUCACAGACCUUCUCCUCCCUCGACCAGCCGACAAUGACGCUGCUUGCUCUCCCGCUUCAGUCCGGAAGUACAGGGAAUUGCUGACUCAAGCCCGCGCAAAUAUGCAAAAGGCUCAAGUCCGCAUGCAGCAGCAUGCCAACAGGCGUCGCGUACCAUGUCCCAUCCGCGCCGGUGAUCUGGUUUGGGUCUCCGCGGAAGAGUUUGCACUGGAACAGGAUGUUUCACGCAAACUGCUUCCCAAGUGGUUUGGACCUUGGUCUGUGACAGCAGCCGCGGGCGAUGAGCCCGAUGGCCCUUCAUUUGUGAUCAACAUUCCAGAGCAUCUGACGGUCCAUCCGGUCUUCCACGCCUCGAAGCUGGCAACAUACACACCAGCCAAGAGCGAUGACUUUCCGGACCGACGAUCGCAGGACCCUCCUUCCAUGGAUGGCCAUAAGGAAGUUGACCGCGUCAUCUCCGAUCGCAAGUACGGCAGCAAGCCGCGGCAGUACAAAGUCACAUUCAAAGCAUGCGAUCGCGACGACACUCGGUGGAUUUCAGGCGCAGAUUUGAAAGCAUCUGCACCGCUGAUCUACGCGCAUUAUGAAAAGCGGAGGUUAGCUCAGGAAGCUUUACGACCAGCCCCUCCCACCCAGACUGUGGUCCCUCCCUCAGACAGACAGCUUCGCCCUCGCAGGUAAGCUCGGUUCUUCAAGGAGGGGGGGGUGUGGCAUACUGCGUAGCCACACGGGCCCUGCAGGGCCCGUCCCGGACAUUCAGCCUAAAAGCCUAAAACUU